UAUACAUAAACAUACACAACACAGAGAGAGAGAGAGAGAGGGAGGGAGGGAGAAAGAGAUGACGAUGGCGGUUUUGAAUAUUUUAUCGCAGCCUACGACGCCAUGGCUGACGAAGACAACUUCAAUCUCUCUCCACAGUUGUAAAUAUAAUAAUAUAUUCAGCUGCGACUUCGAUCGUAUCUCAAUUGUUUCAACUCCACUUUCUCUCUCUAAAGCACUUCUACUACCAACAACCAAAUCAAACUUCACUUCUCCAAUGCUUCCCCAAUCCCCAAAAUCAGCAGGCCUUGGAUGUUCAUGGAUACAAGACAACUCCAAAUGCCCUGACACUAUUGCCGACAAUGGAAGGAGGCAAUGCCCAUUGCAUUCCGUGUUUCCCACCAAACCUGCCGCAGUUUCAUCUGUAGAGGACCUUUUUGAAUUUAUAUGUUCCGGUCCCCUUUUAAACAAGUUGGGUCUGACCAUGGAGAUGGUGGCUGAGUCCAUUAACAAGUGGUUAGAGUAUGGAUUGCAUCUUUGCAGAUUGUUUCAACUCAAUGAACUCUACUUGACAAUACCUCAGAAAGCUAGGCUUUAUCACUACUAUAUACCAGUCUUCUUAUGGUGCGAACAACAGAUUUCUCUUCACAGUUCCACAUUUAAAGAUGGAGAAGACGUCACUCCUUUAGUGAUUGGUUUUAGUGCUCCGCAAGGUUGUGGAAAGACUACACUUGUCUUUGCUCUAGAUUAUCUUUUCCAAAUCACUGGGAGGAAGUCUGCUACUAUAUCCAUUGAUGAUUUCUACUUGACUGCAGCGGAUCAGGCUAAGCUAAGAGAAAACAAUCCAAAAAAUGGACUUCUAGAGUUUCGUGGAAAUGCGGGAAGCCAUGAUCUUUCAUUGUCUGUUGAAACACUGACUGCUUUAAGCAAACUGACUAAAGAAGGUAUGAAGAUGAAGCUACCCCGAUAUGAUAAAUCUGCAAACAGUGGAAGGGGUGACAGAGCUGAUCCUUCAACAUGGCCAGAAGUUGAAGGGCCUCUAACGGUUGUUCUGUUUGAGGGUUGGAUGCUGGGCUUUAGACCUCUUCCAGUUGAAGCUGUCAAAGCUGUCGAUCCACAGCUGGAGAUAGUGAACAAAAACCUAGAAGCUUAUUAUGACGCUUGGGACAAGUUCAUAAAAGCAUGGAUAGUUAUCAAGAUUAAAGACCCUAGUUGUGUCUACCAGUGGCGAUUGCAGGCAGAGAUCGCCAUGAGGGCAGAUGGAAAGCCCGGGAUGUCUGAUGAGGAGGUUAUGGACUUUGUUUCUCGGUAUUUGCCUGCAUACAAGGCUUAUCUCCCUACACUAUACUCUGAGGGACCAAACGGGUCAGAUCCAGAACGUCUCUUUGUGGUUGAAAUCGAUGAAGGAAGGAAUACUAUCCUUGGUAACUAGGUGAUGAGUACUGUUUGCAGGGAAGCCAUUUUUGAUUCUUGUAGAAUGUCAUUGGAAUGGGCAUAUACAUUCGGAAAGAGCAUUAUUUAUCUUUUGGGAAAAGUAGUCAAAUUUACAUCUGAUUGAAACACAAUGCAGAUGAAAUGAUGAUUACAUUAUACUAAUUGUUUAAUGAAAUGCAUAUACACUCCCUUCUUUUUUCCUAAUCUAAUACACAAUAGCAAUUACAACAAUAAAUUUGAUUUGCCUUCUAAA